AUGAUGCCGGCUAUUCCAAAGGAAAAGGUCCAGACUUCAGCCCGCCUCAAAGAUCCCACCCAUGGUAAACAGGUGAAGGAUCUCUUCGACGUCAACUCUUCUGACUCGGUUGCGACCACUGCGACCAAAAAGCGCAAGAGAGAAGUUCGAUCUGGGGCCAAGCAUCUGCGGAUGAGUUCCUCAAUGGAGACCAUAUCCCCCGGAUCGAUCCACUCUAAGACCUCUAAGACCUCUAAGACAUCCAAGGGCUCGCACAAGCGCUCGCCAAACAAGGAGCGCAAGAGAGACAAAGGUGCGAGCAAGUCUGUCAUAUCGCGUGGAAUGCAACAGUCCACAUCUCCCGAGCCCACUCGGCUUGAACGCUCGCUCAAGCCGUCAUCGGACCAGAAAGCCGCGAAGGACGCUACUUCUACCAAGCCCACGCACCCAUUUGAACUCACAGACCUCCCGCCUUCUGAAUUCAUCCACCCCCGGGAUUUGGAGUUGGACCUAUUCAACUGCGAGUCCGACGAGAGGGAGACUUCACACGAGCCAGUCUCCGACUACCUGCCCGAGCAGCACAACGAAGAAGUUCCCACCCCAUACACUUCGGCUUUGCGCGUGGUGUCGCAGUACAACCAGCGCACCUGGAGCCAGAGUGGGAGCAAGUGUGAGACCUGGUUGGCGCGCCAGAUGUACGAUGAGCUGGACUAUAUCUCUACGCGUAUUGAAGACAUUAUGCAUGGGAUCAGGGUGAUGCUGGAGCAUAGAGGGGCGAGGGAUGAUUUUGAGGAUCUUGGUGAUUGUUAUUUUGAGGCUGAGGAGUCCCCUGGUGCGUUCAAGGGUAGUGGUCCUGAGAAUCCGUUGGAACUGAGUGAUGGGGAUGAUAAUGCACUCUUUGUGGGAUCUGAUGAACGCCCUUGCUCUGAUGAGUUUAGUGGCUUGUCUGCGGAUGAAUAG